GUGGAGAGCGCAGCCGGACGCGUGUGGUCAGCGGUGACCGUGGGAACCCGACCCGCUGCGGCCGCCCAGAUCUGCGAAAAUACGUUUUUGGACGCAUAAUGGAGUUUCGGGAUAGUUGUCUUCACGUAUCGCUGAAAGGUUCGUCAGGAGCGGUGAGCUAGUGGAAAGUAAACACCUCCUCUCCAUCACUGAGCGCUUCUACAAGUUUGCCACAUUAUGUUGGAGCUCGCACUGUAACGCGUCGGAGCGCGGAAGGUCCCGGAUUGAAUCCCCUCAGAAAUCAACCUAAGAGAGCUCGGCUGAAUUAAAACUUUUUAAUUAAAAAAAAUAUAUAUUAUCAUUAUUAUUAAUAUCCCCUUUGUGUGGGUCCUGUCAGAUGAUUAUUGUGCGUAAAUAAAUAAUCGUAGUGAGUUUGUGAUGAGGCGGACUGCAGCGCGCGGGGGAGGAGGACCCUCCGCUGGAGUUAUUGCGCAGUUUUUAAAAUAACGGUCAAACGGGAACACUCUCACGGCACAGAGUAUGUCUGCUAAAGAUAACGCCUGCCGAAAAUUCCAGGCCAAUAUUUUCAACAAGAAUAAAUGCCAGAACUGCUUCAAAGCUCGAGACGCGCACCUGCUGAGUGAUGAAGACUUCACACAGGCAAAACCCAUCUACGGUGGAUGGCUGCUCCUGGCACCUGAAGGAACAAACUUUGACAAUCCUCUGCACAGAUCACGGAAAUGGCAGAGGCGUUUUUUCCUUCUGUAUGAGCAUGGACUCCUGCGUUACGCACUGGAUGACAUGGCCAGCACUCUUCCACAGGGCACCAUAAACCUGAAUCAGUGUGUGGAUGUUGUGGACGGUGAGAGCCGGACGGGUCAGAAACACUCGCUGUGCAUCUGCACGCCAGAGAAAGACCAUUACAUACGUGCUGAGAGCAAAGAGAUCAUACAUGGCACUCUUCCACAGGGCACCAUAAACCUGAAUCAGUGUGUGGAUGUUGUGGACGGUGAGAGCCGGACGGGUCAGAAACACUCGCUGUGCAUCUGCACGCCAGAGAAAGACCAUUACAUACGUGCUGAGAGCAAAGAGAUCAUACAUGGUUUAACACAUCACUGUAUUGAUGUGAUGAACUACUGA